UUCAGCUUACCGCCUGAUCUCCCAAAGUGUGCUGUCCGUGUGCGCAGUGCGCACGAAAAUAAGUCGAGUUUUGCGGUUUGAGUCACGACAAUGGUGUGGGCGAUCCCCAGUCUUUAACUUGGAAUCUCCUCCUCCAUCUCCCACGCCCACCAAGAACCGACCGCUGGCCCAAAAAAGCCCGAGCAAAACCAUCAGGCUUCAGCCAUGUCCUCCGAGGCUCGUCAUCAGCUCCACGUCUUCUUCUUCCCCUACCCAGCUCCCGGCCACAUGCUUCCCCUUGCCCAUAUCGCUGCCCUCUUUGCGGGCCGCGGCAUCCGCGCCACCUUCGUCACCACCCCCGCCAACGCCCCUCUCCUCCACCCCGCCCUCGCCCACCAACCCGUCCACAUCCUCCUCCUCCCUUUCCCCUCCGCGGAGGUCGGCCUCCCACCGGGCUGCGAGAACACCGCCUCCCUCCCCCACCCUCGCACCCGUCACCAAGGCGCCAUCAACGAAGCCGCCGCCCUCCUCCACGAUCCCCUCGCCGCUCUCAUCCGCACCCACCGCCCCGACUGUCUCAUCUCCGACUACGUCUGCGACUGGACCGCCGACCUCGCCCGCUCUCUCGGCAUCCCAAGGCUGGUCUUCAGCCCCACUUCCCUCUUCUCCACCGCCGUAUGGGACGCCGUCCUCUCCCACGGGGCCCACCGCUACGACCGCGACAACGCCGCUGCCUUCAUCGUCGAGGCCGGCCUCCCGCACCGCGUCGAACUGACACCGGCCGAGCUCCCCCUGGCCUUCGCGUAUCCGGCAGAACUCAACGCCAUAAAAGAAUCCGAAAACAGUAGCGAUGGCACCAUUUACAAUAGCUUCUACGAGUUGGAGCCCCGGUACGUUGAUUGCUUGAAGAAAUGCCGGGCCACAAAAGUGUGGUGCAUCGGGCCGGUGGCUUUAGCUAGCCGGGGAGCAGGGAACGAUCUUGAUAGUAAGCAAGGAGAGCUGAUCAAGAAAUGGCUCAAUUCCAAGACGCCCGGCACGGUCGUAUAUGUUUGUUUGGGAAGCGAGUUUGUAUUCAAAGCGGAGCAGCUCCGAGAGAUGGCGUUGGGGUUGGAGGCGUCGGGCCACCCGUUCGUGUGGGUGGUGAGAAGCGACGAGGCCGAGACGGAGUGGAUGCCGGAGGGGUUGGAGGAGAGGAUAAGGGAGAGGGGUUUGAUAAUAAGAGGAUGGGCGCCUCAAUUGAUGAUAUUGAACCAUCCGGCGGUUGGAGGGUUCGUGACGCACUGCGGGUGGAAUUCGACGCUGGAGGCGGUGAGCGCGGGGGUACCGAUGGGCGCGUGGCCGCUCGAGUGGGAGCAGUUCUUCAACGAGAGGCUGCUGGUGGAGGUGCUGGGGAUCGCAGUGCGGGUUCUGGAUGGGGUGGGGCAGCGAACGGCAGGGGAGGAGAAGGAGGUGGUGAAGUGGGAGAGGGUCAGGGGCGUGGUGGAGAGGGUGAUGGGUGGAAAUGUGGGAGAGACGAGGAGGAGGGCGAGGGAGUUUGGGGUGAUGGCGAGAGCGGCGGUGGAGGAGGGUGGGUCGUCGUAUGGGGAGCUGAGCCGCUUGAUCGAAGAACUUGAAGACUUGGCAGCGCAGAAGAGGGAGGGCCGAGAGGAAGGACGUUGAUGGGGCAGUAAAUUCUAAUUCUACAUUAAAGAUUAUUUGAAAAAAAUAAUCAAAAUAUUAUAUUAUCUUAGUUAACGACCUCACGGUCCUGCAACGUAUGUACGAUAAUAUACCAAGACAGAGAAUGACGUCGGCAUGUUAGUCUUCUUCUUAAUUAAUAUAACAAAA